ACUGGUGCUGUCCAGAUUUGAGAUCGAAGGUGUGCCUCUCGGGGAGAACUCUGUGGAGUCGGAGGAAGAUGAGGAGGAGGUGUGGUUGUUCUGGAAGGACAGCAAUAAAGAGAUCCGCAGUAAAAGCAUCAGGGAGCUGGCCCAGGAUGCCAAGGAGGGCCAGAAGGAGGACCAGGAGGUGAUCAGUUACUACAGGUACCAGCUGAACCUGUUUGCAAGGAUGUGUUUGGACCGUCAGUAUUUGGCCAUCAACAAGAUCUCUGGCCAGCUGGACGUGGACCUGAUCUUACGAUGCAUGUCGGACGAAGACCUGCCCUAUGACCUGCGAGCCUCCUUCUGUCGCAUGAUGCUGCACAUGCACGUAGACCGUGACCCUCAGGAGCAGGUCACGCCUGUCAAAUACGCACGACUCUGGUCUGAGAUCCCUUCAGAGAUCGCCAUUGACGACUAUGACAAUGAUGGAACAUCUAAAGAUGAAAUUAAAGAGAGAUUCUCACAGACGAUGGAGUUUGUUGAGAACUACCUGAGAGACGUCGUAUGUCAGAGCUUCCCCUUUGCAGAUAAAGAAAAGAACAAGCUCACAUUUGAGGUGGUGAAUCUGGCCAGGAACCUGAUUUAUUUUGGUUUCUACAACUUCAGUGACCUGUUGAGACUAACAAAGAUCCUGCUGGCUAUUCUAGACUGUGUCCACGUGAGCACGAUUUUCCCUUUCAACAAACAGGACAAAGGAGAUGAGAAUAAAGGUAUGAAUGCCCUGGAUGGCUGCUGGAGGACGUUCAAUGGACAUGAA